AUGCUGUUCAAACACGGCGCCAUCCUGAACUGCAAGGACAACAUUGGCGAGACGCCACUUUUCUCUGCCGUGAGACGGAGCGCCGGUCCCAUUCUCGAUCGUCUGUUGGAAUUAGGCGCAGACGUUUCCGCCACGGACACGGAGGGCCGGACGGCGCUCUGGGCGCUGCCGAUCAAGAGCUACAGUGUGUAUCUGGUCGACAAGGGGUCACGACUGCUCCAGAAGGGGCUGGAUCCCAUGCACAGAGAUAACCUGGGCCAGACCUUUUUGCACGUGGCGUGUCACUCUGCCGUCGUGGACCGUCUCUACCUCGACGUCGUACGCGAAGCCGUCAAGUUUGGCUUGGACGUCGACGCGCUCGACGAUUCGGGCAGAACGCCGCUGAUGAACGCAGCGAGGUCCGGCAACCAAGACUUUAUCUUGUUUUUGUUUACCCUGGGAGUCGAUGCAAACAGGGUUGACCACGACGGUCGUACGCUGUUGACAGAGGCUGUCCGGAGCUGUGAUCGGCGGCUCGGUAGCUACGAUUCGAUGGUUCACCGCUUCCUGGAGUACGGGGUGAAGCCUCACGCAUCAGCUGAGGCCGAGCACAAUCCCCUUUUUCUGGCAGUGGGAAAUGCGUCGGAAGAGGUUGUAGAGCAACUUCUGGAACACAUUGAUAUCGGGCUACAUGGCUAA